AUGGAUCGGAUGAGAGAACGCAAAGGGUUGUCGGAGUUGGUCUCGAACAGACAACAAUACUCGAUAGUUUCUCGCAACGAUUGUCAUGACAUUGUGCUCACUCUACCUGAAGGUACAAUCGCCUCUCCAAACUAUCCACAGAAUUACACUGAACGGACAUUUUGCCAAUGGCAUAUCCGCGCAAAACCCGGACAAAUUAUCAUCAUUAAUGUAGAAGACAUUGCCGUGACACACGGUGACACACUUUUGCUCGAAGGAAAUCAGGGAGGCGACAAUCUGUCACUGAAAAGUGGCAGCUAUCCAUCUUCGUAUAUCUCGAAAUCCAGCGAAAUUCAUGUAAAGUUUGUUAGCGGUAGUGAUUCCAGUGCCAGAGGAUUCCUGCUACACUAUCGCAGCAGAGAUUCCAAAGACGUUUGCCAUGUAGCCGCCAACACCAUAACCUACGAGUCUUGGCGUGAGAACUACGAUUGCGUUUAUAGUUUAGCGAGUCCAGGUCCGGCGUUUUCUAUAGUACUGGAGAUAUAUCCAACGUCAAUCGGAGAGCGCACAACUAUCAACAUAUUGUUUGAAAAUACGGCCUACAGCAUUGAAGACGCCCGGACCACUCAAAUCCUCGUAAUUCCAUCAAGCGAUGUCCGCGUGGAGGUCCGAAAUGCAUGGCUUUCCGAGCAGCCAUUGGAAUUACCGUUGAAUCUUAACGCCUUCACCUUCAACUGGUUCCCGUCGAACAACCCCUGCUGCUCAUUUCAUGCUCUGAGACUUGACAUUCAGUCAGCAACGAGGUUCCUCCCUCACACUCUCGUUCUUGAUGGACAUCUUUCGACGAAUGAUGCGAUUACGGUGGUAAAGGACGGCAGUGUCACACAUCUAAGCUCACCUACUACCUUUCGAGUACAGGACCUGCAUGAACAUCUCCAUCUAUUGAUCACGAAGCGGAGUGCGAGUUUCCGAGUGGCAUUGACAUUCUCUAGAGAUUGCUCAGCGCCACCCGAAUCGCCGCAUGUUCAAGUGCUGUCGCCUUCAGGACGGCAACUUGGCAGCGUUAUUCAAUUCUCGUGCGCCAACAGCAACGCUGAACCACACGAACCCGAAGUGGUUUUCUGCCCACUUCCUGUCAUCCCAAACGGCUAUGUCUUUGAUGUAAUGCCGAUGUGUGCAGAGGGCUCGUAUUGCAACGGCACUAUCUUGUUCUAUCAAUGUGACUUUGGCCGAUUGCCAGGAAAGAUAUCGACAACGAGUUGCAAAGAUGGCAAAUGGGAUCCGUCACCCAUAUGCCACGAUACAACUUGUCCGUCACCGGAGGCCAAAUACCUCAACGCUACUCUUUCCGAAAACCCACCCCUUGGACUGCUUUCACAUGCCGUCUACACAGCCCCUGAUUGGUCGCUAGAGAAGCAACCAUUCCGAGUAUGCGCCAUGAAUGAGUCUGGUACAUCCUUUCGUUGGCUGGAUUACAACUUUGCAUUCGAAGCACCGAUCUGUCGAUCGUACCCGGUGAAAUAUGGCCAUUUUGUGAAAGAGUUCUACCAGGACGGUGAAACAGCUAAGGUGGUCUGCUUGGAUGGUUUUUUUGUUGACACACUGCCAAAAUGUGCAGGAGGUAACUGGACGUCCUACAAUGUUACCUGCAUUGGUGAGUACUGCCUACGGUAA